CUCCCCUCCCCUCCCCUCCCCUCCGAACGGCCCUUCCUUCGGUGGGGCCUGGGGGGACCUGCGGGGACCUGGGGUGCAGCCGUGCCUUCUGGUCAACUUUACUGAAACCCACGGAUUUAGUAAAAGCAUCCUAAUAGAGACAGCUCCAGUAAGAGAGAGCAGUACUUUAUUUCUUGAGCAUUUCAGCUAAGCAAACGCCGCUCUGUCAGCUUUUCUUGUUUCCUGUCAAAUCCAUUCUUAUUUUUGUACGUUGUUUUGUGCAAUUUAAAGACUUGCAAAAGGACGUUUAGGUGGUUACGUUUCCUCCCGGUGAUGCCACAUGGAAACAUACUGCUCGGAAGACAAAGAUGCAGGAAAGUGCAAGCGUGCAGAUGGCCAUACCACAUCAGGCAGCUUAACAAGAACAUAAGAUCUGAGCAAGUUUAUGCAAAUAUUUUACUAGAAUGUUCUUUUAGUCUCUGGUAGAAUUUCAUACAGAAACCACUACCAGAGAUAGUAUAAUAUUCUUCAGUGCAUUUUUUAAAACACUCAGCUGUUUUUUGAUAACUCUUGGUGUCAAAGUAGUCAGCAGCUUAAAAACACAUUGUGUCAGGAAAUGUCUUCUUUGAUUUUACUUUGAAGUUCAUGAGUGAUUCUAGCAGGUGGGGCUUGACUACUAAGAGAGGCAGUAAAAGAGGAAUAACUUGUGUGUAGCAGUUACGCUUCAAUAGACCUUUGUUUCCUCAGAGUUGUGCUUUCUCCCAUAUGGAAGGGUCCUACUCUAUUUACAAUUCUGUCACCGUCCUUACCUCUCUUCCACUUCUUUUAUAUCCCCCUUUAUUGGGAAGGCCCUGCCUGUAUACGACGUGAGGGUAAAACGUAAUUUUAUAUCAUGAUAUAGAGGUGUCUUUAUACUUCUUUCUCAAUCCUUAUCAUUGUUACAUCCCAAAAUUUUAAUAAGUUAUUGUUGUGUGCGACUAGAAUACUUUCCAAAAAAGUAGCGUAAACAUAGAGGAGGAGAAAGAAAAGAAUGGUCUCUGACAGAUACCAGCAUAGUGUAUUGACAUAUGCCUUUGCUGUCAUUUUAUAAUUUUGUUAGAGAAAACACUAGCUGAGCCUGAUUUAAUCAGAAAGGAAAAAAAAAAAGAUUAGAAGCCAUAUUGCAGACUUUCUAAACUGGUUUACAGAAACAUUUUUCUCUGUAGAAAGUAUAAGCAUGCUUAAUCUUCAACCACAUAGAUAAUGAUACAAAUACUUUUGGUUUAAUACAUCGUUUAAUGGAAUUCAUCUCUUUGCAGCUGAAAGAAAUGGAGGAUGAAAUUCUUACUAAAAAUGGAGAAAUUAAAAUUUUGCGCGACUCAAUGCAGCAGAUGGAGUAUGCUAUGGAGGAACAGAAAAAAUCAUAUAUGCUAUUGGAACAGCAAAAAUCUCAGACCCUAAAGGAAAAAGAAAGAGAGUUCUCCAAAAAGAUACUGUCUUUGCAGUCAGAGUUGCAGUUCAAAGAUGCAGAAAUGAAUGAACUAAGAACGCGACUUCAGAACUGUGAGAGAAAUAAACAUGUUACUCAAACAGUUUUAACACCAAGCCCUAAAAAGAAUUCUGCAAUCCAAGUGAAAUCAGAAGGAUGUUCUCCACAGCCUGGAAAAAGAUCUUUUCCUACAAAGGAGUCUUUCAGUGCUGACACGUCUACUAGACCAUCUUGUUCUUCAAGAAACUUGUUUGCCCAGGCUGCUUCCAUCAAAGAAGAUAGUAAGAUACCCCAUCCUGAAGUUUUAUCCAUGAAGCAUGAAACAGUGGCAAAAAACGGUUCCUAUAAAUCUGUACAUAAACGAAACACACAAGGUUCUAUCUUACUGAAUGCACUGAUGAAGCAGCCCAUUGUCUCUGGGUCUUUACUAGGUCUCUGCCAUCUUCUUAGCGGUAACUCAGAGACCCUACAAGGAGCUAUGUUACAGCCUAACCUUCUGGAUACGAAGCCGACACAAAUACGCAACAUCAGGACAACUCAGGAAGAAAUUGCUCCUCUUGUAUCCCUGCGAGAAGCUCAAAAACUUGCAAUAACAGGAUUGAACUUGAUUGCUAUGGAUGAAGGGUCAUCUGCAGGAAGCCUAGCAGGAAGUGGGAGAGAGUUCUUGCCCCUCAGAUGUUGCAAGAUCAGAGGCGCUGUGCAUCUCUUGCCCUUGGUGGAGCACCAUAUUGGUGCAUACUGUCAAGCAGUACAAUUGGCGGACAAGGCAGUAAAUGGUUCUUGUGGAAACCAUUCAGUUGUUUCUUCUAGAACCAGCACAAAUACGGUAUCAAGUAAGGAGGACUUCAGGUUGUCUCUUGAAGAAACAACAGUUAUAUCACUGGGUAUUCUUUAUUAUUUGGCAUUUUAUAGCUGGGAUGUUGUCCACAUACUGCUGUCUGCUGAAGUAGAAAAAGGUUCUACUGUUGGAGAUGACGAGAUUUCCAAGAUGGACAAAAAUGUGUUGUGUGAUAAUAAAGAAGAUACCAGGACACAAGGAGGGCUGUCUGAAGCUCCACAGGAUGUCCCCAUUAACGAUCGAGCUCAACAUUCUUUGUUCAGAAAGCUGAUUCAGGUUUUAGAUUUUUCUACUACAACAGGCUCCCAGACUGAUAACAUACUAACGCAAAGCCUGAAAGUUUUGGUAAAAUUAGCUGAAAAUUCAACAGUGGACUUGCUAAUAAAUUUUCAGCACUUACUGAGUAGCCAGAUACUGCUCCGUUGUCUGUGUCCAGAGAUCCCUUUGCGUGCUGUCCUUUUGACCGUGAAACUGUUGUCUGUACUUGCUCAACACCACACGUUGGUUGCUCAGCUUUGUUCUCAUUCAGAUGCCUGCCUUCUUCUUGCACUGUACAUGUAUAUCACAUCAAGGCCAGAUAAAUCAGCAUCUGAAGUGCUUUGGCUUCAGCUGGAACAAGAGACAGUUAGACUCCUGACAAGGUGUAUGCGGCGCUCCAGGCCAGCGAUUUUACUACCUGGUACAGACUGCCAGUGUAACCUUGAGGUGGUUAAGGCACUAAUUGUAAUGUUACAUAGACAGUGGAUGAAGAUUAGAAGAUCUGAUAGCGGCUCGUGUGCACAUAAGGAGCAAAUUAUUCAGUUUUUACGAGAUGCUGUUUUACUCUUACACAGCCUAUCUCAGAAAGAUAAACUGUUUCAUGAACACUGUUUGGAAGUACUGCAUCAAUAUGACCAAGCUAUGCCAGGCAUAAGAGCCAUUCUCAAAAAAAAUCAAAAAUUGAGUGCCUGUGAAGAGCUGAUGUUGGAUGAAUUGUAUCCUCCUGAGCCAGAAGCAGAAGAUCAGGGAAUGGACUCCAGUUAGCUAAUGUUUACCAAGGGUCUCUGUCCUUCCUUAUUUAAAUCAUAAUAAUCAGUGCCAAUCUGAAAAUUAAAUGAGCUGUUUUAUUAAGUGAUAAUCUAAAGGUUGCACUCAAAUGCAGCACAACAAAAAUGUAUUUCUUUGUUGUGAUUUUAUGCUAUCCAAAUGAACCUGAAAGCAAAGAAAUUUUGAUGUAAGAAAAAUGAUACUGCAAUGUAUUGUUUUGCUGUGCAAAACCACCCAAGGGGUUAUGAAUGGUUCUGUUUGGGUUUCAUUCUUCAUGAAACAGCUGUAAAUAGAAUGGAAACUUUUUGUUUUCCAUUUUAACUGUGAUUACAGCUAAAUUUCAGCUAAAUUUAUGAUGCUGAAUGUCCUGAGGUGUUUGUGAUCACUGAGUUCAUAUGUAAGUCUUCUAAAAAUAUUUGUUCUGUUUCUUUUGCAGCUGUUAGCACGUUCUUGCAUGAUUUCCACAUUUUCAUGUUGAUAUUAGUAAAUUGUUUAUUGUGCUUUUUAUAAAUUUGUAGAAAUAACUUACAGUUGGCGGUUCAGUUCUGAGCAAGAAAUUCAUCAAAGUCCUGUAAUAAUCAUCCAAGAUCACUCAUUUUUUCCCUCAAAUCCGUGAAUGUGCUGAAAGUACAACUAUUUAAGAUGCCAAAACAAAAAAUAGUAGAACUUUUUCCAAAAGUUACCUUAGAAGAAUGAGAUGGUAAACGUUUAGGCUAUUUUUUUUGUCUUACUAGGCAAGAGAGGGAUGUUUAAAUCCGUGCAGAAUGACUGUUUUCUGGGUUGUGGUGUUUGCAUCUGUGUUGUAGUAAAAAUGAAUGAGUGCUUCUAGGGUACAGAACAAAUAACAGGAGGAAGAAUUGUUGCUUUACCCUUUCAACUGUGUAUGAUUAUCAGCUGCCAUACUUAGCUGCUGGUAGUGGCUGAACCUUAGAUCUUAGAAGUGUAAGUGCUACUAAAAUAAGCCUAGAGGUUUGUUUUUACCUUGGAAUGCUUUUUUCUUUUGACAGAUACCUGAUUCUAAUUCUAUAGAAUACUAGAAUUGAAUAGAGGAAGCUAUGGAUUAUACCUUCUUUUAACAAACAUUGAACUUUUUUCAAUUUUUAAGUGAAAGCUGCAUUUAUGAGGCAUCUCAAAAGAAGGAACAAACCUUUCCUUAGGCCAAAACUGACCUUAUGUAGUGUUUGUAAGGAAGUAGGGGAGAAAUGAUCUACAGAUAGUAGACUAAGUUAAAUUCAAUCCUAGCUUUCAAUUGCUUUGUUUUAAUGUUGUAUGUACUUCACUACAAGGAGGACAGUGUGCUAAUUUUAGUGCUUAUGAAAGAAACUAGAGCUUCAUAUUCCUAGAUUUUGCAGUUAACAGACAUCAUAUUACAGCUGAGCAAAUUGUGAUGGCAAAAAAAAAAAAAAAACCUGCACUAAGGAAAGAGGGACUCCUACCAAGACAGGAUUACAGUUGGGCAGCAAAGAGUACUGUUAACAGUGCUCUUAAUUUAGAGUCUAGUAUUUUUGGUCUCUUACUGUUUUAUCACCCUAAGCUGUUUAUUAUUUUUAUCUGCUGUGUAACUAAAUUAGCACUAUACCUUCCCCUACUAUCCUCUUCAGGAGGUGGGAGGUGUAUUAGGACUGCCUGGGGCCAGAGCAAGGCAUGGAGCAUAUACCUUUUCAGUUCAUCUCCCUGGGGUUGGAUGGGUGCUGGUUUGCAUUCUCUGCACUGAAGGUGAAGGGGGUUGAAAGCUGUUGCUCCAUGCAGGAAGGAGGGAAGAGUGGAACAUAUGGCGCUGGGCUCAAAGCUGGCCCUUGGGCUGGUCUCAGUUGGUUCCCUUCUUUGUUUCCCUAGGGCAUCCUUCCUCUGGACAGGGCUGGACUUGAGAAAAUACAUGCCAAAGAAUUUCUUUUGCGCCAAGAAGUGAAAUGUGCUCAAAGCUACUUACAAGACCUGGGGCAGGGAUCAAGCUAUAGAAAGGACCCUUCCAGGCAAAGCUUUCUUGGCUUCUGCAGCUGCUCUGGGUGUUAGGCUGGCACCCAGGCUGGGCAGCCCCACGUGCUGUACCGGUAGGUCCAAGCAGGCAGCUGCCUUACAUCACCUUUUGCAGUGCUGGUGCACAAGAGGGACACACUCAUAUUCAAAACAAGCCUGGAUCCAAGGACCAGAAUGAAGAGGGGAGAGAGUACUACAGUGGGAGGCAAGCCUUUGGAAAACUGGGAAACAUUCAGUUCUCCAGUCUUAACCCAAAGACGCUGUAUCCUGCUCAGUGUGCUAAACAUGCUCUUGGCUGGGCUCUUGCUUUUGAAGAGAACUUUCCCAGAAACAGCUGUACAGGAAUAGCUAGUGCAGUAAUCCAGCAUCUCUCUCAGGCCAAAGCUGCUAGGUACAAAGCUUCACUCCUUCCUCCCACAACGCAGCCCAGGGAUCAUCCUCCACUUUGAGCAACCGCUGACAGAGCUCCACCAGCCAUGGGCUGCUGGUGCUGUGAUAAAUUCUAUCCACAAGCUGCCAGCAGCUCCUCUCAGUAACAGGCUUCAAAAGGCCCUUUAGAGCAGCUGGAGAACUGCUGUUUUCCUGCUUGACUACAGUGAAGAAGGACACAGGCACAUACAGCAAAGCUUUCCUUCCGAGUUCAUGUAUGUUUGCAUAGUAACUACCUUAAGAGCACCACUGUGACACUGGACAAACUACAGAAGUUUCAGCAUGAUGUAAAACUAGUACACUUUAAAAAAAAAAAAAAAAAAAGGCAAGUCCUGGCCUUUAGGAUUAGAGAGAAGAGCUUGAAAAAUGUAAAUUAAAGACCCUUUCUUUACUCAAAAGCCAAAGUAAACAUGAACAUGAUUCUUUAAAAAGUCUUGUGAACAGUUGUAAAGCAGUAGCUGACACUCAGUCUGCUGAGAAGGGCCAGCGUAGAGCUGUCCUAUCAAACCUAUGAUUGUCACACUGUCCCAAAAUGCAGCAACCUGCCAUCAGUUUUUAAGUGCUCUCUGCUGUUUCCACCACCUAAUUUCUAUAAAGAUAAUUUGAGCAUACAGAGAGAAGAUGAACUCAAAUCACUUCUUUGGGUGGUUGGACAGAUGAAAUGAGCUGUUAGAAGAGGUUGGUCUAAAAGGAGUUAAGGAAUCCCAAAUUGUUGAAGCAAUCCAAAGUUAUAAAAACUGGUUUAAGAAAUUCCUGGCUUCAUCUCAAGGACAGCUUGGUAAGAGGGAGAUGUGUAUUACUGCUAAACUUCAUAUAAACAGGAGCGUUAUCUGUGGAGAAAAUGCUAGGAAAAUACACACAAAUUGUUCCCUUCUGGCACUGGAUUCCUUCCCAUCCACCCACUCUAACAGACAACACCCUAACAUGUAUGUCUACACUCUGAUCAUUUUCAUCCUACUUUUGACUUUAAAGUGGUAUAACCUGGGGUAUUCUGGAGGCUGUAU